CGGCGCGGCGGGCCGAAGCACCAGUGUAGUUUUCCAGUUGGCGAUUGAGUCAGCCGUGUCGUGCUCUCAGCCGUCCUCGUUCUCCUACUCGUCCUCGUCCUCGUCCUCCUACUCGUCAUGUCUGGCCGCGGAAAGCAGGGUGGCAAGGCUCGCGCCAAGGCCAAGUCUCGGUCUUCCCGGGCCGGGCUGCAGUUUCCCGUAGGCCGUGUGCACCGCCUGCUGCGCAAGGGCAACUACGCCGAGCGGGUCGGCGCCGGCGCCCCCGUUUACAUGGCGGCGGUGCUGGAGUACCUGACGGCCGAAAUCCUGGAGCUGGCGGGCAACGCCGCCAGGGACAACAAGAAGACGCGUAUCAUCCCCCGCCACCUCCAGCUGGCCAUCCGCAACGACGAGGAGCUCAACAAGCUGCUGGGCAAGGUGACGAUCGCCCAGGGCGGCGUGCUGCCCAACAUCCAGGCCGUCCUGCUGCCCAAGAAGACCGAGAGCCACCACAAGGCCAAGGGCAAGUAAGCCGGCUCGGCUCCCGGGGCCGAAAGGCUCACUCCCGAAACCAACGGCUCUUUUCAGAGCCACCCACCCCGU